AUGGUUAUACCAAACAUACUUGCAACUCAACCUGUGAUGGUUGUCCUUACAGAUCUAAAAAAGACAUGGUUUUUCUAUUGGCUGGAAGAGAAAAAGAUUCACAAGCUUGAUUGCCAUGAUUUAAAACAAGUGAUUACAAUCAUUGAAAGUGCCUUGACAAAUGGGGUCCCUCAACAUGCCAGAAAACCCGAUGCACCACCUUUUGCUAAAAGGGUUUUGAUGAAUGUUGCUAUUGGUUGUGAGCCCAGAGGUGAAGUAAAAGUUUAUAGUUUUGAGGAGAUGUUGGAGAGGUUGAGAAAGAGAUGCAAUGUUGAGCCACCAGUAAUAGAUGAUGAUAUUGCACCAAUGCAUGACAUGUUUGAUGUUAUGGAGCCUGAGGAGAUUAGGGCAUGGGAAUUGAGACAAUGGGGUCAG